UGUGUGUUUCCAGACGGGCGUUUUAAAAGCAAACACCGGUCUCGUCAUGGCGAGGCACCUUCGCUUCGUCGCGCGCACAGUGAUGGUUCAGGACGGGAAGGUGGAUGCAGCUUACAAGACUCUGAACAAGGUCCUCACUCAGGAAGGGAUUAUCGAAACUGUCAAGCGCAAGCGCUACUUCGAGAAGCCCUGCCGAGAGAGACAGAGGAAGAACUUUGAGAACUGUAGGCGAAUCUACCACACGGAAAUGGCGAGGAAAAUUAACUUCAUCUCCAGGACAAACAGAGAGGAUCCCUGGCUUGGCUGCUAGAAGAAUGGGAGUGCGAUGGACCCGGACUUUAUCAAUGGACCAGACGGAGACAGCAAAGUGGAAGAAGCAAAUGUGACAGAACCUUAAAUAUACAGAAAAUGACGGCUCUUGUGGCGUCGCACUCUGUGAAACAGACUUGUUUUAAAUGUGUUCAAACUGAGUUGUUUUCCAGUUUAAAUUUUAAGACCAUUUCUUUUGUUGGGAGUGAAAAAAUCUUUGCACUCGUUCUUGGUUGUAAUGAGCAGGUUGUCAAACACUUAGUCUGUGAUUUGAACCUUCCUACAUAAUCUUGCUGAUGAAAAUGCUAAUAAAUGUUUUCCAAAACAUUGAA